GUAUGUGUGGUGGCAGCGCAGGGCAGUGCCACACGGUUCCCAUCUGCGUACCCUUCCCUCGUCAUCCUAGAGAAGCCGGCUGCUUUCUGAAGCCUGUGCCAGCUGUAGGUGUCGGGGGAAACCUCACUACUGCUGCCAAGAGUCAGAGAUCCUCGGCUGGUCUGGCCGUGCGUGUGUGUGGUUCCCCGGGGCUCAAUGGACGUGUGUACACCUCUGAACUGUACCCUCCGCCACAUCGUCUCGAUGACGGGGACACAGACUGUGACGUGGCCGAUGCAUCCGUUUUUGACUUCUCUUCUGUAACGACCUGUAGCCCAGAUGAAACACUGAAUCGGCUCAGGGGAGCAGAAGCAUGUGAUGAUGAGGAUGAUGAUGAAGAGGACAGCAAGGUUCCAGUUCUCCUCAAACCUUCAUACACUCACAACGCUUCAGCCGUGCAGCCAGGGGGAGGAUUAUGUAUGGCGUGGCAGAUUCCCAGACGGGCUCCUAUUCCUGCUGAGGUUCGCAUUGGGGGGCAAGGAAAAACACUUGCCCCAAAACCACACAGAAUCCCCGCCAGUGCCUUCCGGCCAAUUUGGGACCCGACUUACUCACAGGGUGAUGCAACUCCUGCAAAAGAGAACUCUGUGUCUUUCAGCUCAACCAAUCAGAUCAUUAAUCAGCAGCAAGAGACUGACCAAUCACGAUCUGCAUAUAGAGGGACUGGAGUCCAGCGGGCUGAAGCAGUGUGGCAUGACAGUGAGGACAGCGAAGGACCCUGCAGUACAGUCUGACACAAACUGGUGCAACUAAUCAUACACAGGCAACGUCUCUACUUCAUCCAAUGAAAUAACUGGAAUCUUUUUUAAAAAUCUGAGAUAACAAAUGACAAGUUCUCACUGUGAACUGACAUGAAGAACCAGGUCACAACAGCUAAAUUCAAACAUCUUCCAGCAUGAUGUGAUCUGUCAGACAGAAAUAAACACUUUAAUUUAACAGAAUGCACAUAAACAGAGGAAUAAAAACAUUCAGUAGAAAAUAA